AUGUCGAGACAACGAACUGAAGCUGUGGCUGAAACAAUGUCAAAGUCACACAAUAUUCGUAAUAUGUGUGUCAUUGCACAUGUUGAUCAUGGUAAAUCGACAUUAACUGAUGCAUUAGUUUAUAAGGCUGGUAUUAUUACUGAGCAACAAGCUGGCGAACGUCGAUUUACUGAUACAUUGGAAGCCGAAAAAGAAAAGGGCAUUACAAUUAAAUCAUCAUCUGUUAGUAUGUUCUAUGAAUUGGAUGAUCAAAUUCUCGGUGAUCUCAAACGGGACGGUAAUGGAUUUCUAGUCAAUCUUAUUGAUUCUCCAGGUCAUGUUGAUUUUUCAUCAGAGGUUACUGCUGCAUUACGUGUAACUGAUGGUGCAUUACUUGUAGUUGAUGCUGUCUCAGGUGUAUCUGUACAAACUGAAACUGUUCUUCGACAAGCUCUGUCUGAACGUGUACAAUUAGCAUUAGUUAUAAAUAAAGUUGAUCGAUGUAUAUUAGAACAAAAAUUAGAACCUGAAGAACUUUAUCAAAAGUUAUCAGGUAUCGUUGCACGAUGUAAUGCCUUAAUAGCAACAUAUCGAAGUACUGAUGAUAUGAUUUAUUCGGAUGAACAUUUUAAUCCAAAAUUAGGUAAUGUUGCAUUUGCAUCUGGUAAACAAGGUUGGGCAUUUACAAUACAUCAAUUUGCAACAUUUUUUUCUGAAAAAACAAAAAUAUCUAAAGAUAAAUAUAUAGAUCGUUUAUGGGGUGAAUCAUAUUAUUCAUCAGCAAAUAAAAAAUGGAUUUCAUAUGAACAAUCAAGAUCAAUUGAUGAUGCUAAUCGUGGUUUUAAUCAAUUUAUUCUUCAACCACUUUAUCAAAUUCUUCAUGCAUGUACAGAAUUAAAUAUGGAUGAAGUUCGAACAUUAUUAACAAAAAUCGAUAUUAAAUUACCAGCUGCUAAACUAGAUGCUACUGUACUUGAUGGUAAAACAAUAACAUCGAAUGUAAUGAAACGUUGGUUACCAGCUGGUGAAGCUAUGUUACAUUUAAUUAUUCUUCAUCUUCCAUCUCCUGUACAAGCACAAAUUUAUCGUAUUCAACAUUUAUAUGAAGGUCCUCAAGAUGAUCAAGUAGCAUGUUCAAUGAAAGCUUGUGAUCCAAAUGGUGAAGUUAUGAUUUACAUUAGUAAGAAAAUUCCUGCUCAAGAUGGAUCACGUUUUCUUUGUUUUGGUCGUAUUUUUUCUGGUACAAUUAUAUCAGGAACAAAUGUACGUAUUCUUGGUCCUGAUUAUCGACCAGGUUCAACAACUGAUUUACAAAUAAAAAAUGUAACAAGUGUUGGAGUUAUGGUUGGUGAUCGUUGUAUAUCAAUGAAUCAUGUACCAGCUGGUAAUGUUGUUGCAUUAACAGGUAUUGAUAAAUGUUUAGUAAAAACAGCAACAAUAACAACAAGUUCUGAAGCACAUAAUUUUCGUGUUAUGAAAUUUUCUGUUAGUCCAGUUGUACGUGUUGCUGUUGAUGUAAAAGAUCCAACUGAUCAUGCUAAACUUGUUGAUGGUCUUAAAAAAUUAGUUCAAGGUGAUUCACUUGUACAAGUAUUAAAUGAAAAUGGACAACAUGUUAUUGCUACAGCUGGUGAAUUACAUUUAGAAAUAUGUUUAGCUGAAUUAGAAAAAACACAUGCACGUUGUCCACUUAAAGUAGCAACACCAAUUGUAACAUAUCGUGAAACGAUAACUGCUGAAUCACGUCAAAUAGCUUUUACAAAAACAACAAAUAAACAUAAUAAAUUUUUUAUGCGUGCAUCACCAUUAGAAGCAGGUUUAGCUGAAGCUAUUGAAUCAGGUCGUAUAUCAUCGAAACAAGAUCCAAAAGAAAGAUCAAGAAUAUUAGUUGAUGAAUUUGGUUGGGAUUUAGCUGCAACAAAGAAAAUUUGGGCAUUUGGUCCAUAUGAUAAUGGACCAAACAUACUUGUUGAUGGAACAAGAAGUGUUGAUGGUUUAGGAAAUAUUCAAGAUGCAAUUGUUGCUGCUUUUCAAUGGACGACUCAAGAAGGUGUUCUUGCAUCUGAAAAUCUUCAUGGUGUUCGAAUUGAAUUACUUGAUGCUGAAAUUCAUCGAGAUGCAGCUCAUCGUCGACCUGAUCAAAUUAUUCCAGCUAUUCGUCGAUGUCUUUUAGCAAGUUUACAUAUGGCUGAACCUCGUCUACUUGAACCUAUGUUUCUUGUUGAUAUUGAAUGUCCAACAUCUAUGAUCGGUAGAGUUUAUGCAACAUUAAACAAACGUCGUGGUCAAAUAAAUGAAGAAGUUGAAUUAAGUGGAACAACAUUAUCUCGUAUAAAAGCCUUUUUACCUGUUAAUGAAUCAUUUGGUUUUACAGCUGAAUUACGUCAAGUAACAAGUGGUACAGCAUUUCCUCAAUGUCAAUUUGAUCAUUGGUCAUUAUUACCUGGUGAACCGUUUGAAAUGAAUUCAAAAUGUGGAUUAAUUGUAAAUGAUAUACGUCAACGUAAAUCUUUACCACAACAAAUUCCAACAUUGGAAUCUCUCAUCGAUCGACAAUAA